AUGUCGAAGGCUAGCACAGCACCCUACAACACUAGGUCCGUGAAAGACGCGGACGGAGCCUCUGAAGACGAACCUAAACCUAACCAGGACGUCUCAGAAGGACAAUAUCAACCAUACAUCCCUGGAAAGUUAGGUUAUAAUGAUGAAAUACGUAUUCCAAUUCAAGAUUUAGAUGCAUUCACAUAUCCGGCAAAUAGUUAUCUCUAUAUCGAAGGUCAACUUGUUACCCAUGAUAAUAAAGUCCCAACAAAACUAAAAUUUAUUAAUAAUGCUAUAGCUUACUUGUUUCGUGAAAUACGUUUUGAAUUAAAUGGGGUAGUUAUUGAUUCAGUACGUGAUGUAGGCUUAGUAUCAAGUAUUAAAAACUACCUUAGUCUUAACGAAAACCAAAGCCUGCAAUUGGAAAACUCGGGAUGGUUUCCAAAAAGAGGUAGACUGGAAACUAAUAAUGAAGUCCCCAAAGACAGUGUGUUGGUGGAUUCAAAUGGAAACUUUAACGUAUGUAUACCUCUACGACUGCUAUCAGGUUUCUUUGAAGAUUUUAGAAAAAUCAUAAUGAAUUUGAAAAUGGAAUUAAUACUUAUUAGAUCAAAUGAUAAUAUUGAUGCUGUAGUAAGCGAAGAUGAAAGCGAACGACCGAAGAUUGAUAUUAAUAAAGUAUAUUGGGAGGUUCCACAUGUAACACCAAGUAUACAAGAACAGUUACGGCUUAAUAAGAUUUCACAUACAAAUCAAGAACUUCCUAUUCAAUUUCGCUCAUGGCAAAUGAUUGAAUAUCCUGCUCUAAACAACUCUACCCGCCAUACGUGGUCUGUGCGCACUAGUACGAAAAUAGAAACACCUCGUCACAUCAUUGUUGCUUUCCAAAAUAACAGAAAAUCGAAAUUAACAAAAGAUAUGAGUAAAUUUGAUCAUUGA